GCAGUUGGACGCUGAUCGGAGACAGGUGGGGUGCGGAGACCCGGCUGCUGUGAAGGCGGAGCUGGCUGCAGAGGGGCUCUCCCCUGGAGGAUCGGGCUGCGUCGAGGCGCCCCAUGGCGGCCGGCAGUGAUGCCCCCACGGCCCCGCCGUGCGCCCGGCUCGCUCGCCUCAAACGCUCCCGCCGUUUGGCGUUCCGCCUCCCCGUUGCGCUGCGGAUCAAGGCCCAGGCGCAGCUGCUCCGCCACCGUCCCCCGGAGCCGGGCGGGGCCACCGCAGCCCCCAGCCUGCCCUCCCCGGCCCCGGCGCCCCCCACCGGCGACCCUUACGGGGAGCGAGUGGAGCUGGCACUGCGGGAGGCGGAGGCGGCUCCGGAGCCGGCCCCCGAGGCCGGGCCUGGGUGCGAGGAGCUGACCUUGGACCACCUGCUGGAGAUCGUGGCCCAGCUGGAGUACCACACCCACCCCGAGGACGGUGUGGAGAUCUGCCCCCUCUUCCUCCUGGGCUGCUGCUUCUCCGGGGCCUGCUGCCCCCAGCACCACACCCUGCUGCCCUACCACUGGCAGCUGUGGCAGACGGCCAGCCUCCCGCCCGGCUGGCUGAGCGUUGGGCCUGAGGCCCAUGAGACGCUGGAGCGGCUCUACAGCGACCCCGAGCGCACCCUUGUGCGGGCCUCCUACCAGGGCGUUACCUUCGACAUCGACCUGGUGGCUAUGAAGGUGUGGAACAGCCCCAGCUUCAGCCGGGUCCGGCGCCUCGGCACCUCGUCCGUGCCCGGCUCCCCCUUUGGCACCAGCCACGUCUACUACUGGCGAGCACUCAGCGGCUGGGAACCCUACAGCCAGCCCUUCACCGAGAGCAUCGAGGCGGCGCUGCGGAGCGGGCAGCAGGAGGCGCUGUGCAGCACGGCCGAGCACAGCUACCAGCUUAACCUGCGGGCCGGCUACCAGCGCAACCUGGCCACGGGCACCCUGCGCCCCCUGCGGGCCCGGCCCGUCUUCCGUGCCCCCGCCCUGCUGCUGCCGGAGCUACGGACGCUGUCCGGCAGCCUGUACCUGGGCCCCCCGCCGGCCCCAGGCCCCCCCCCGGUGCAGCCCUACCCCGAGACCUGGGUGCCGCUGGCCCCCGGGCAGGACUGGCACCAGGCGCCGGUGGCGGUGGAGGAGCGCGGCUUCCGCCUCAUCUAUGGGCUCUUCCACAAGAGCCUGCCCGAGGCGCAGUACCGCCUGGAGCGGGUCUGGCGGGUGCAGAACCCCUUCCUGUGGGACAAGUACAAGCGGAAGCAGAGCCACAUGAGCCGGCAGAUGUCCCCGGAGCAGCGGCUGCGGAACGAGCGUCACCUCUUCCACGGGACGGCGGCGGGCGCGGUGCCGGCCAUCUGCAAACACAACCUGGACCCCCGGCUGUCAGGGAAACACGCCGCCAUCUACGGGCAGGGCAGCUACUUCGCCCGCCGGGCCAGCUACUCCCACCGCUACGCGCCCCCCGCCGAGGCCGGCCUGCGCCACGUCUUCCUCUGCAAGGUGCUGGUGGGGCGCUCGGCCCUGGGGCAGCUGGCCCUGCGCCGGCCCCCGCCCCUGGACCCCGGCGACCCAGCCAGCAACCUGUACGACUCGUGCGUGGACAGCCUGAGUGACCCCCAGAUCUACGUGGUCUUCGACAACGACCAGUGCUACCCCUACUUCCUCCUCCAGUACCGUGAGCUGGAGGAGGUGGUGAAGGUGGACUGAGGAAGAACCCAGGAGUCCUGCGGCCAACCCCAGCUGGAGUGAGGGGGAAAGAACCCAGGAGUCCUGCGGCUGCC